UUCCAGCUUGCUCUUGGUCCCCUCUGCAGGCACCCCCAGACACAUCCACAACACAGGCUCCAGCCUCCAGCUGGCAGCUGCUAGGACCCAGGGGGCUGGUGUGGUGCCAGGCUCUGCUCCUCCCAUGCUAGCUCUGUGUCUCUAAAGGCGACAUCAGAGUAUCAGCCAGUACCAUCUCCAGCAGGGGCUAGAGAAGAGCCGGGGAGGGGAGAGGAGAGAGCCUGCAACCCCAGCCCUCCAGGCCUCCAGGCCUCCAGGCCUCCAGCCCUCCAGCCCUCCAGCCCUCCAGCCCUCCAGCCCUCCAGCCCUCCAUGGGGCAGGCCAAGCCCCCAAGAGCAUGGAGCCCUGGGCAAAGCAGCCAGCGCCCGCGCAGCCCAAGAGGCUGACGCCGGAGAGCUUGGAUGGCCAACGCCACGGGGCUGAGUGCCACUGAAGUCUCCGGCUCCAUGGCCUGGAUCCUGGCGGCCGUCGUGGAGGCGGCGGCGCUGCUGGGCAACAGCGCGCUGCUGGUGGUGGUGCUGCGCACGCCGGGGCUGCGCGACGCGCUCUACCUGGUGCACCUGUGCGUCGUCGACCUGCUGGCCGCCGCCUCCAUCAUGCCGCUGGGGCUGCUGGCCGCGCCGCCCCCGGGGCUGGGCCGCGUGCCCCUGGGCCCCGGGCCCUGCAGCGCCGCGCGCUUCCUCUCGGGGGCGCUGCUGCCCGCCUGCACGCUGGGCGUGGCGGCGCUGGGCCUGGCGCGCUACCGCCUGGUGGUGCACCCGCUGCGGCCCGGUGCGCGGCCGCCGCCCGGCCUGGUGCUCGCCGCCGUGUGGGCCGCCGCCGCGCUGCUGGGGCUGCUCGCCCUGCUCGGGCCGCCGCCCGGCCCGCCGCCCGCCCCGGCGCGCUGCUCCGUCCUGGCCGGGGGCCUGGCGCCCUUCCGGCCGCUCUGGGCGCUGCUGGCGUUCGCGCUGCCCGCGCUGCUGCUGCUCGGCGCCUACGGCGGCCUCUUCCUCGUGGCGCGCCGCGCCGCCGCCCGCAGACCCCCGCGGCCGCGGCCGCGACUGCCCGCGCCCCUGGCCCUGGCCCUGGCCCUGCCCGGGGGCAAGGCGGCGCUCGCCCCGGCGCUCGCCCUGGGCCAGUUCGCGGCCUGCUGGCUGCCCUACGGCUGCGCCUGCCUGGCGCCCGCUGCGCAGGCCGCGGUGGCCGAGACGGCGCUCACCUGGGUCGCUUACUCGGCCUUCGCGGCGCACCCCUUCCUGUACGGCCUGCUGCAGCGGUCUGUGCGCCGGGCCCUGGGCCGCCUGGCCCACCGAGCCCUGCCCCGGGCCCCGUGGGCCUGCCCCCCGACGGCCUGGCACCCAAGGGCGCUUCUGCGGCACCUCCAGGAAGCUCCAGAGGGCCCGGCUCCAGGACCUCCUGAGGCUCCAGACCGAGCCCCUCCGGAUGUGGAUGUGGAUGUGGAGGGAUCGCAACCCCACAGUGAGCCCAGGACUGGAGCGAGGAGGAUGGAACCAGAAGGGGCCGGUCCAGCCUCCUACACGAGUUGUGGCAGACAAGUCGGCCCUGCCUGCUGGACAUCUGGCCCCGGAGCAGGGGAAAGGGUGCCUGCGACCCGGGGAGGCCCGGGAAGCCAGGGUUCUGGGCCCAAGUCUGUGUGGUCUUGUGCACAGACCUACUCUUCCAUAGAGCCCGGUUUCCCCAUCUGCACCCUGGACUUUGUCUAAGGGCUCUUGCCGCUUGGGUGAUGUGGUCGGUCAUUCAUGGCUAGAGGAGGGGCAGAGGUGGGCAGGACAGAGAAGAGGGGGGGGGGGGGCGGGGGGGCGGCAGAAGAUGGGCCUGGAGGGCAGGGCCUUUGUCACAACCACUGCAGAAGGAGCUUAGGGAGAAACACUCAGAAAGACAACCACGGUAUCUACACCAAGCAGAGGUUGGACAACACGACUGGAACACUCCUGCAUCGUCUUCUGUAAUGCCCAGAAAACAACACAGCCAGUUUGGUACCAGAGGCAGGAGGCUGAACAACAUGACCUUUCCUUCCCACUCCCCCACUGUUCCUGCCCCCCCCCCCAAUAGACCCUGAAGCCUCAGAACUGGCAUGUAGAAGGAGUCAGGGUCCCACUGGGACUGCUGGAUUCACAGAUGGCGGGGCAGGCUCUCGGGGAUUCCGCUGCCCUCAUUUUCUGGAUGGAGGGGGGUUGUCAUCCCCACCCCACCCCCCGCCAACACCCACAGCUUCACAGCUUCCUGGUCUCUGAGAAUAUUUAUUCAAAAACAGGGAUUGAAAAAACUG